AUGUUCCGAGCCAUAAUCACUGCCGCUUGUGCUGUUUCUCUCCUCACAUGCAGUAGCAAGGCUAAACCAGACAAACAGAAGAACCUGAGGCCAAAACAAGCUAUACCAGCUAUAGGGUGCGAUGUCCGGGCUGGGAAGAUCAACCACAUGGAAUUCAUUGCCAGGUGUCCUGCAAACUGCUUGGAGACUAAGCAACCAGUGUAUGGAUCCAGGAUUUUUGCCUCCAUUUCCAGCAUCUGCAAUGCAGCUAUUCAUGGUGGGAUUAUCACCAAUGCUGGUGGGAGUGUGAUUGUGAGGAAAGUGGCGUGGCGGGACUCUUACAACGGCAGCUUCUCCAAUGGCGUGCGCUCCCUGUCUCUGCCGAGAUGGAGGGAGUCCUUCAUUGUUACAGCAGGGAAGCCAAAAAAGAGUGUGAUGUAUCCCCACAGUCUAAACUACACAACUGUACGUGCUACCUCAGAAAAAACAGUUCGGCUGGAAUCCAAGAACUCCGCUGCCACUACUGUACCACCAAGUAGGACAAGGUUGAAAUCGACCAUUCUCACAGCAGCCCCACGUGAACCGAACAUCACCGCAGCCAGCAAGCCUCGUGUUGCGGGCCAUCAAACUGGUGUUGAAAUGGAGCAGCUUGAUGACCACAUCAGAUUCAUCCCUGAUGUGAGCUACACUGGAAGCUUUGCUGUUAGACAGCAAGACUCCCAUCCUGGUGCUCCAGCUCAAGCUUUUUCAGGAAACCCAAACUGUAUGGUGGACAUCACCUUCCUGAUGGAUGGCAGCUGGAGCAUUGGGAGGCGACGCUUCAACAUCCAGAAGGACUUUUUGGCUGAGGUGGCCCAGGUCAUCGAUAUUGGGGUGGCUGGGCCCUUGAUGGGUGUUGUUCAAUAUGGGGACGACCCGGUGACAGAGUUUAGCCUGAAGGCGUACUCCAACUCCAAUGAUGUAGCGGCUGCCGUAGAGAAGAUCACCCAGAAAGGGGGACUCUCAAAUGUGGGUAAGGCUCUGUCUUACGUCAACAGUCGGUACUUCACGAAUGCCAAUGGCAACAGGGGUGGGGCGCCCAAUGUGGUGGUGGUGCUGGUGGACGGAUGGCCCACGGACAAGGUGGAGGAAGCAUCGCGACGUGCCAGAGAGUCAGGCAUCAACAUCUUCUUUAUUACCGUCGAGGGCCCUGAUGAACAGGAGCAGGAAAACGUGCUGGAGGGCAACUUUGUGGACAAGGCGGUGUGCCGCACGAAUGGCUUCUUCUCCCUGCCGGUGUCCCGUUGGUUCGAGCUGCGGAGCGCCGCACGGCCACUGGCGAGGCGCCUGUGCGACACGGAACGCCUGGCAUGCAGCAAGACGUGCUUGAACGCCCACGACAUCGCCUUUGUCGUCGAUGGCUCCAGCAGUGUGGGAACGGGCAACUUCCGCAUCGUGCUGCAGUUUGUGGCCAACAUCACGCGGCGGUUCGACAUUUCGGAGACGGAGACACGCGUCGCCGCCGUACAGUACACCUACGAACAGCAGCUGGAGUUCGACUUCGAGAAGCACGGCAGCAAGGCCGAGGUUCUCGCCGCCAUCGAGGGCAUCCGAUACUGGAGCGGCGGCACAAGCACUGGGGCUGCCGUUGCCUUUGCUGCCAACAAGCUCUUCGGCAAGUCCAAGCCAAACAAGCGCAAAAUCAUGAUCGUCAUCACCGACGGACGCUCCUACGAUGACGUCAGGGCUCCGGCGCUGGCCGUCCACCGUGCAGGUGUGAUCGUCUAUUCCAUUGGAAUCGCAUGGGCGGUCCACGAAGAGCUGGAGGACAUUGCAUCCGACCCCAUCGAGGAGCACUCCUCCUUCGUGGGUGACUUUGACGAGCUCUACAAACUCGCGCCCAAAAUUUUCAGCAGAAUCUGCCGGGAGUUCAACUCCCAGCCACAGAACUGAAGCGCAUGAGGCUUUGUCAAAUUUGAUCUAUUAUAAAUAUCGUUUCUUUCAUCUGAUUACCAUAAGGCUUCAUGACAUCCUCAUUCCAGCUAUCUGAGCACACCAUCAAUGAUAGACAGUUUUAAGUGAAUUUUACCUGUUUUAUUCACAUCUUGUACACCUGUCAUGUGUCUAGUCAGAGCUGCCUGGCUUCAGGAAAUGAAUGGGUGAGACUAUAAUAAAGAGCCAAGAGUAUCAAAUGCGAGAGUCAGGAGUUCACACACUCUCUCACACACAUGUGGAAGUAGUACCAUUUCAUACAUGAAGUCUAGAGACUGUAGAACUUGUGAUAAUGACUAGAAUGAAGUUGGUUCAAAUAUGCAACGCACUGGUUGAUGUCUGAUGUCUUUAUAAUUGGUUUAUCAACAACUGUAAAGGGCCAACCACUUUUAGAUGAGAACACCAAACACGGGAAGAAGUUUUGAAGGGUUAAAAUAGACUUCAGAAAGACAAAGGGGCCUUAAGAUAUCGAACUAUGACAUCUGCACUGAAGUCUGUGCACCUACUGAGCCACCGUGGGGGGUAUAGAGGGGUAACUUGCUCUAUGUUAAAACACUCCAAUGGCAAAUAUCUCGACAGGCUGCAAUAAUUACAUAAAUGUAACAAAUAUUAAUUUCUUGCCCGCUUCGAACGAACAGAAUUGUGUUUUACGUACUAAGAGGUCACGUCAUUAUUUUCUGACAAAGCAGAUACAUAUAAAUCACGACAGGAUUUAUGUAGCAGCAAUAUGAAAAGCACUGCAGGAGUCGCCUUUGGACUGGAUCUUGUAAGUUUCUGAGAGACAGAGAAGAAGAAGAAGAAGAAAAGGCCAAUUCUGCAGAGUCAAGAGGGUCU